AUGUCCGAUCGCAAAGAAGUAUUGGCACUCGAGAUCCGCUCGCAAGAAGGCACCAUUAAACAGUUGCGUACCAACGGUGCUGCAUCUACCGAAGUCGAUGCUGCUGUGGCUGUUCUCAAGGGACUCAAGCAGGAAAUGGAGACCCUGACAGGCGGUUCCAAAAAGAAGGGCAAGUCCGCAUUCACUUUAAAGACUCCCAAGGGCACCAAAGACCAUAAUGACAAGGAAAUGGCUAUUCGUGAACAAGUCUUUUCGACCAUUACCAAAGUCUUUAAAAAGCACGGCGCUGUCACUAUUGAUACACCUGUCUUUGAACUCAAGGAAAUCUUGGCUGGCAAAUAUGGUGAAGAUAGCAAGUUGAUUUACGAUUUGGCAGAUCAGGGCGGUGAAGAAUGCUCCCUUCGUUAUGAUCUUACUGUACCAUUUGCUCGUUUCCUCGCCAUGAAUGGCAAAGAGUACCAAAACUUUAAGCGAUACCACAUUGGCAAAGUCUAUCGUCGUGAUCAACCUGCAAUGACCAAGGGUCGUAUGAGAGAAUUCUAUCAAUGCGAUUUUGACAUGGCGGGUGCCUAUGAUCCCAUGAUUGCCGAUGCUGAGAUUCUCAAGAUCCUUUGUGAGGCACUCACUGCUUUGGAUAUCGGUGAAUACACUGUCAAGCUCAACCAUCGUAAAAUCUUGGAUGGUAUCUUCGAAGUGUGCGGUGUACCUGAGGAAAAGAUCCGUCCCAUCUCUUCUGCUGUGGACAAGUUGGACAAGUUGCCUUGGGAGGAAGUCAAGAAGGAAAUGACCGAAGAAAAGGGCUUGCCUGAAGAUGUUGCCGAUAAGAUUGGUGGCUAUGUCAAACUCAAGGGUGGUCGUGAUUUGUUGGAGACCCUUUCCAAGGAUGAAAACUUGACCAAGAAUGCUAGUGCUUCUGCUGGUAUUGCUGAUAUGGCACUUCUCUUUGAUUACAUGGAUGUUUUCAACAUUACUGGAAAGAUGUCAUUUGAUAUGAGCUUGGCAAGAGGUCUCGAUUAUUACACUGGCAUUAUCUAUGAAGCCGUCACUGAAAAGUCGGCUCCACCAGCCAUGACUGAUGCCAAGAAGCCACAACCAAAGACCAAGCCUGGUUCGGAUGAACUUGAUGAGUCCACUGUGGGUGUUGGUUCCAUUGCUGCUGGUGGCCGUUACGACAACUUGGUCGGUAUGUUUUCGGGUACCAAUAAGAAGGGCGAGCCCAAUCUCAAGAUUCCCUGUGUUGGUGUUUCCAUUGGUGUUGAGCGCGUUUUCUCCAUUUUGAUGUCCAAGCAAAAGGCAGAGGAUAUCAAGAGCAAUGAAACCGAAGUCUUUGUUAUUGCUGUUGGUGAUGGUUUGCUCAAGGAGCGUAUGGAGAUUGCCAAUGAUCUUUGGAACGCUGAUAUCAAGGCAUCCUUCCUUUUCAAAAACAAGCCCAAGCUUCCUGCUCAAUGGGCCGCUUGUGAAAAGGACCAUAUUCCUUUUGCUGUGAUUAUUGGCAAGGAUGAGUUGGAACGUGGUGAGAUCAAGAUCAAGGAUAUGCGUUCCAAGGAUGAAUCUCAAGGUGGUGGUGUCACCAUUGCUCGUGCUACCAUGGUGGAUGAGCUCAAGAAGCGUCUUUCUGGCAUGUAG